GCGGUGCCGUGCCGAGAAUCCGUAUUCCACGCCCUGGCGUCCACGGCGGUUGCAAACAAAAAUCAGGCCAUUGUGAGUGCAGGAUCCGCCUAUAAAGGCCGCGACCGCCGCCUCGCCGCACAUUCGCCCGAUCUCCACUGCGCCGACAACAUGACGCGGCAGGUCAAAUCACGCGCGGCCGUGCUGCGGCUGCUUCUCCUGGCGGCGGUGGCGGGAAGCUGCACCGCGAACCCCCACCCGCGCCCGCAAACCUACUACAUCACGGGCGCCGCGCCGCACGCGGCCCCUGGCGUGGUGCUGCUGCAACCCGCGUUGCAGCCCGCUCUUCAGCCGGCCAUCCAGCCCGCACUGCACCCGUUCCCUGCGCUGGCGCCGGCGCAUCUGCUGGUGCGCGCGGACGAGAAGCCGGCGGAGGCGGGCGGCGGCGCGAGCACCGAGAAGCCCGCCGAAGGCGAGGAGGGCUGGACGUCUUGGCUGACGGGCUGGCUGCCCAGCCUGCCCUCGGGCAUCGGCGGCGGAGGCGCCUCCACGGACGCGCCCAAGCCCGAGUACACGACGGAGAAGGCGACGGAGAAGCCGACAGAGGCGACGGAGAAGCCGUACGAGGGCGGCGCCGUGGCGCCGGCGGGGGCGCCCACGCGCCUGGAG